AUGGAUUUCUGGGUGAGGUUACUCGGCGGCUCGUCCCAGAAGAAGAAGCAGGCCGCCCCCAACAACCCCCAACAGCGGCUGGCACGCUUCCGGCAGCGAUACAAUCAGAUACUGCAAACAUGGCAAAAGUCGACCAACCUCGCCAACGACCGCGAAGCCCUGGGCAACAUCCGGCGCGGCUUCCAGGCCCUCACAGCGAUACUCAGCGACGAGUCCCGUUCCCCGGCGCCGCACAUGUGCCUCCAGUUCUCGGCCGCCCAGCAGAUAUACACGGCAAUCUCCAAGAUAGCUGCGACGGCACACGAUGAGGGCACAGUUAGGGACGCCGUGGCCUUCUACAAUGCGCUCAUCGACAGCGAAGAGGAGGAUUUUCUCGAAAACGACGUCUUUGCCGUGUCGCUGAUGAACUUCAUCGACCGCACAAUUGGGUCAGGAAGCAUGGGCAUAGGAGAAGAUAUCGAAGCCGACAUCGUAGAGCUGCUGUUUGGCAUCGCGGCCAAGAUCAGGUUGCAGCCCGAGAUUCUGCAUGUCUGGUUCACCACUACAUCUGCAGAUAGCGAGGGGCGGCUGCUGAACCAAAAGACCGACUUCGCCGGCGUCACGCAGAAAGAGGACUUUCCGUUGUGUUAUCAGCUCAUCGAUCAUGUCCACCACGAAGGCCGUAUCGGAGACUUUGCACGCACCGGGUUGCUCUACAUAUUCGAGUCUGCAUCUAGGUCAAUGGAUCUGGAACAAUGGAUUGUUAACAGUGAUCUGCCUACGCUCAUGGCGACUGGAUUGGGAGCGCUAAAACUGUCAAUACUCCACCCUGCGCAUAACCUGCCCCCUGUCCUGCUGCUCUCCGACUACACCGAGAUGCAGUCCAAUCCGCAAGCAGAGAACUUCUUUACUCCCGAUUUCCAGAGUCAUCUUCUGACGUUCCUGUCAUACCUUGCUUUCUGGCAAGAUGUGCUUGAGCACUGCAGAUCCCUGGACGUAAGGGUUACGUUGAUCGAUCACUUCCAGGCUUUAUUCCUCCAGCAGCUUCUAUAUCCUUCGCUACUUGAGUCGUCUGACGCCGAUGGCGGCUCGUCUGUGGCAGUACUCACAUAUCUUCGUCAUAUUCUAGAUGCGCUGGAUCAUCCAGAGCUUGUCCAUAUGAUGCUCCAGUAUCUACUUGCCCUCCAGGACUACGCAUCCUCAAAGACACCACGGUCACCUGCGGCUGUCAAACGGCGCCAGUCGCUUAUGCUCCUUACCGCCUCCGACAAGGACGACGAUAAGCUGAACCCAUCCUUGUUCAACCUCGUCGAUCUCGUGUUAGGAAGCACAGCGUCGCGCAAUUCACAGACAGUCAUUGCAGCAUUGAAGCUGACCAAUGUUAUAUUGAGCAAAAGCCAUGGAUACGCUCUCGGAUCUCUGGUCAAGGUAAUGAACUUGCAUCAUAAAGAGCAUAACAGAACCGUCGGAUCCCUGAACAAGGAGCUUGAGUUGUAUUUGAACCUCGCUAUUGACCUCGCUGGCAUGGACGGUGUCGAUGAGGCGUAUGAGAGCUACCUGAAAGAUACUCUGAGCCUACUUGAGACGCACCCUUGCUCGUUGAAGACCAUCGCCUUACCCGCGACGUCUUCGAAGACUCCAGGGUACUUUGACUCAACUGAAGCCGCAACAAGAGAGGUUGAUCCGCACCAACUGCUUCCGGAAGAUCCGCUCUUCCAGUCUCUCAUGGAACUAUUACUAAGAUUCUUGACGAACGACGUCGAGACAAAUCUAGCACUCACUGAGGCAAUCAUCACGCUUGGCACCUGCUCACAGUUACGUCUAGAAGGAUGGUUAUCCGUGGAUCCCGCCGACUACCAUUUUGAAAGCGACGAUCCUGAAGUCGAGUCGUUCACGAAUGAUAAUCUGCGAGCCAUGUUCAUGGCUGAAAGGUUCCCGGUAUGGGAAUCUUCUGCUACCCCUCAGCUAUUCGCGUGCCUGAGACAACUCCAGGCGCAAGUUGAUGCCCUGCGUAGUGACAUCAAGGAUUGGGAUGAGCACGUUGCCAGUCGGAAGAACGCUUUCCGCUUUCACCAAGAUGUCGUGGAAGAAUCGAAAAUGUCAACACCGCAGUCGAAGCCCGCGCGAGGUCCCUCGGAUAUCCCAGCUGGUUCGUGGACACCGCAGAUACCACAACAUGUACGCAAUCAGCCGACGACACCUCUAAGGGCGCAGUCUCCCAGAGGUAGGAAAGAAACGCUGUCCGAAGCCAGAAAUACCCCAGGCGCAUCGCCCGCACCAUCAAGAUAUGGAGGCCAGACACUUGUCGGUUCACCUGCCCGUGCCUCGUCCCCCAUGUCAUCAACAUACGCGGUUCAACAGCCUUCGUUGAUGUCAGAUGUCGACGCUAGCAUAUCACAGAUCAGGAUGAGUCAGUUCGGCAAAAGGCGUAUUCGCUUCCGCCGACCGGCUGGAUCAAAGGAGGUCGAAGUCAUGUUAUCGAAGUUUCAGCCGCCACCCAAGGAGCCCUCCGACGAUGCGGUAGCUGGUGCUGAGAGUACUGAAGAAGAUGAUAUUCGAGAAGCGAGUUUACUACACAUCAUUACGAACGUAGUCAUACUGCAGAACUUUGUACUGGAGCUUGUCGCAUUGAUGCAGGUUAGGUCGAGUUUGUUUAACGAGGUCAGAUUUAUCUGA